CCUUUCAGAUAUACAGCGCAUUCGCUUGCCGCAGGGGCAGGCGCCGCGACAUCGUUAAUGCGCACGCACAUCACGGUGAAACAUAGGGGACGCUGGUAAUGCUUCGAAGCGCUAAUGCGCGAAGCAUAGCUGAAUCGUCUGCAUAGAGGCUGGGACACUUCUGUCAAAGAUGAUAGGUGGCGAUUUCGGAGGUUCGGCAGGUUCGGCGGCGGCCGACGCAGUUCACCGCGGCAUAGGUCUCCUUCCCGCUGGGCAACGCGUCGCAGUCAUAACCGUACGCGAGGCACUCACGGGGUGGACCGAAGACUUUGCCGGAUACGGUGUGCCCUGUGAGAUCGGCCAUUACUCUGUGCAAGGGGAACAGCGCAAGUAUGUCGACGGGGCCAUUCAAAAGAGGUACCUGCGUACGGCAAUCCCUUUGAAUCCCGACUGGGAUCUGAACACCGGAUACGAAAAUGCACUACGCAGAAUGGGAGAAAGCUCGUUGCCGACGCAUAACCUACUUCGCUGGGUUAUGCUCAACAAGGACAAAGUGGUGACACCUUCGUCGCAGGAUGCUAAGAGCCCACGCACGUAUUUUAUCUGCGGCCGGUACACUUUGGCCACACUUCUGUGCACACCGUUCGAGGAAGGUGAAGCCUGGAAGAUAGCGGCGUGUCGGCAUAAAGACAUCGUGUACAUCCGUGGCAUUCCUAUGAAUGAAGGAGUUGAGCCGUCCCCCAGUGACAGUCGCGACCGGUAUCGGGAUCGCCUGCGCUACUGGAGCCAGAUGUUCCAGCUCAUCAUGACCACGAACGAAGCCGGAGCUGCUGCCCCCAAGGAAAAUGAAGUCGUCAGGGAAGGCGAUGCAUACAACGUCGUCCUCCGCUGUCAGCUGGGAUUGCACUCUAUCGUGCUAGGAGCUCAAAUGAAAGCGGUGAACCCUAGUGUUCCAUGCGAGCCGGGUUCCACGGCUGGCUACGUGGAGCUCAAGACAUGUCGCGACAAUUUCAAGAGGUCCCAGCGGUACACGUUCUACAGGCACGCGUUGUUACGCUGGUGGGCCCAGUGCCGCUUGGCUGGCGUCCCGAAGGUGCUUUGUGGUUUUCGCAAAGAAAGUGGAAUCCUCUGUUCCAUCCAGGAGUUCGACGUCAUGAAAAUGCCGGAGAGGGCUACAGAAAAGUGGUCGGAAGACAUAUGCAUGAAAUUCUGCGACCAGCUGCUCUCCUUCAUCAAACGGCAUGUUGAAGAGAAAGGUGGAAGGAAUGCCUACCUUUUCGAGUACGUUCCUACAUCAGGCGAAGUUGUCUGCAAGCGCCUGACAGAUCCUGGGAACCUUUACGGGCUGCCAGAUUGGUUCCUGGAGGCGUUCGAAGGAUAUUGAAGUGUCCACAUCAGCUGCUCGUCUAAUCGCACCUCAUGCGAUGAUUUUACUACAGCUGUUCUAAAGUCUUUUUUACAAGUCAAAGGGUUUGAUAUUUUCUAGGCGCCCCGCAAAACGCUCUACUCUGUGAAGAUGUACGACGGUAGCACAUUGCCCUUUGAAAAAUCCAAAGUAUAUUGUUUAUAUCAUGGCAUUCUUGCAAAAUUGUAGCUGUGUUUAAUAAUGUCUUAUAGAGCUAAUUAUUGCAAAUUUUACCGUUUAAUGACAGUGCUCUAUAAAGAUUGAAAUAUUUCAAGUAAUUACACUAAAAGGUAAAUGAAUGCCUACAGAACUCGUAAUAUUCAUUGACGAGGCAGGCAUAAAAAUAAAAAACAUUUGUUACACCUG